GCCCGGCGGCCUGGGGCCUGGAACCAACAAGCGAUACCCCGCCAGUGGCGUCCAACCGCAGCGCGGACGCCGAGCCUUCGCGCCUACUCCGUGCGCGCUCCGCCUCCGAGACCCGCCGGGCGUGGGGCGGAGCCGCCCGCCGCAGCCAAUCCCCGCCGGCCGAUGCCAGCAGUGAGCGGGGAGCUGGGUCCUGGGAACGCCGCGCGACGCUCUCAGGAGGGUAGCUGCAUGAGCGCGGGUGUGGGCGCUGCCUCUGCCUCCUCCUAGUAAGCACCCCACACACAACAAACCCAAAAUUUGUAGAGGGAGUGGAGUGCUUGCACGGGGCGCGCUCGGCUCUUUCGGAAGCGGAGGGCUUUCCCUCCUGGCUGCACGUGGCACGUUCUGGGAGAGUUUGAAGGCAUCGCCGUGCCCAGACAGCCUCCAUGCAGAUGGGGAGUUCUGUAUGCAAAAGUAGGGGGCUCCAGGCUCGCGGGCGCAGCCGGUCAGCACGUGCAGCUGCUGCUACCUUCCGUGAGCGUGCACCCCCGGGCCCGCCUCUGCAGAGGGGCUGGCCCCGGCGCCCCCGGAUCUGGGCGGGAGGUGGCGGGCUAGGAGGCGCCAGCCUCGGAGGGGAGGGGCGUGCCGAGGGGGUGGGCGGCCCGCCUCGGUCCACCGUCUGUAGCUGCGGCGGCGACACUCCCGCCGCCUCCGCGCCGUCCCUUCUGGUCCCUGGGAGCGUGGGCAGGGCUGUCCCGGGGCUUCCGUGGGCUCGGCCUCUCCCACUUCUGGAGGAAAAAGCAGGGGAAGCCCCCCAGCGCCCGCCGCCUCCGGAGAACUGCGGAGCCCCCCGGCCGUGCAGGCGCUGAAGACGAGCCCGGGCGGGGCCCCGGGGCGUCGUGCCCGUCGCCGUCCGUGUCCGGAGCGUCAGCCCGCGCCCGCCCGCUCGGCGCCCUGAGCCCCCCGCCCCGGACUCUAGGGGCCCCACCCUGCCGGGCGUGGGCGACGGCCGGCGGGGGACGCGCGGAGCAGCCGUCCCGGGGCCUCGCCGCGGCCGCCAGCGCCCCAGCCUCAGGGAAUGCAGUGGACCCCGGCCCCUGGCGCCUCUCCGUGUCUGGCCUGGGCCUCCUCGCUCGCCUGCUCCGCGGCCACGACGCUCCUGAUGGCGGCCAAGUGGUUCAAGGAGUUCCCCCUGAACCUGAAGACCGUGUCGGAGCGGGCCAAGCCCGGCGGCGGCGGCGGCGGCGGCGGCAAACUGCGCAAGAACUCGGAGGCGGGCGGCGCCGGCUCGACCCCAGGCAAGGGCCGCAAGAACUCGGCGGCCGAGCUGGGGAGCGGCAGGGCCGGCGUCGGCCACCCCAAGGACGGCCGGCUGUCCCGGGACAGCCUGCAGGGUCUGAUUCAGGCCGCCGCGGGCAAGGGGCGCAAGAACUCGCGGGCCACCGAGGAGGAGCCCCACCGGGGCGCGGCCAAGAGCUCGGGCUGCAGCACCUACAUCAACAGGCUCAUCAAGGUGGACACGCAGGAGAAGAAUGGGAAAAGCAGCUACCCGAGCAGCGACAGCAGCAGCUGCUCCUCCUCCGCGUCCUCCUCUCCUUCCUCCCUGGGCCCUGGCCUGGAGAAGGGCAGGAGCGUCAAGCAGCAAGACACGGUGAGGGUGCGGCCUCCCUCGGACCACCUACCCGCAGAGGCAAAGCCGUGGGAGGCGAGCGUAGGGACCCUGCUCGGCCUAGGGUUCUGUAUACCUGAGAAGGUCAUCAUCUUAGAAGACUAUGCUGACCCUUAUGAUGCCAAACGGACAAAAGGUCAAAGGGAUGCAGAGAGAGUAGGAGAGAAUGACGGUUACAUGGAACCUUAUGAUGCACAGCAAAUGAUAACAGAAAUCAGACGACGCGGUUCCAAAGAUCCACUGGUGAAGGCUCUUCAGCUGCUGGACAGUCCCUCUGAGCCAGGGGACAAUGGCACGAAAUCAGAGACGCUGGCCAAGAGACGGAGUUCCAAGGACCUCCUGGGGAAGCCUCCCCAGCUGUACGAUACUCCCUACGAGCCUGCAGAAGGAGGCCCCAGGGCCGAGGCCCCAGCAGGCCCAGAGCGCAAGGCACGGCCCCCGGACGGCCACGGACGGCUGCCCGAGAGCGACGAGAGGCCUGCGGCCGAGUACGAGCAGCCUUGGGAGUGGAAAAAGGAGCAGAUCGUGCGGGCGCUGUCAGUUCAGUUUGAAGGCUCUGAGCGACCGUCCAGCAGGGAGGAGAUGGUGCGGCAGCACCACCGGCAGAAGAGCUGGACCCAGAAGAUCCUGAAGCCUGCGGUCCCGGAGCCCAGCGAGGGGGAGAGAGUGGACCCCGCCCUGCCCCUGGAGAAGCAGCCGUGGUAUCACGGUGCUAUCACCCGUGCCGAGGCCGAGAGUCGGCUCCAGCCCUGCAAAGAAGCUGGUUACCUGGUCCGGCACAGCGAGUCGGGGACCAGCAGGUACUCCAUUGCACUAAAGACUAGUCAAGGAUGCGUCCACAUCAUAGUGGCUCAGACCAAAGACAGCAAGUACACGCUGAACCAGACGAGCGCAGUCUUCGACAGCAUCCCCGAAGUGGUACACUAUUAUUCCAGUGAGAAGCUGCCUUUCAAGGGGGCAGGACACAUGGCCUUGCUCUACCCAGUGCACAGCAAGCUGCACUAAGGCUCAGCCACCAAAAUCCCUGGCCAGGCCUCUCACACCUAACAGGGCAUCGGCACCCAACCAGCUCCUGCAGAGACAAGGCUGAGCUGCACCAUAACAAUUGGUAGGAAAUGGGAGUCUUCAUCUUCAUUCAGAAGUCAAAACAUCUUUGGCCUUGAGUCCAUGGCAUGACUCUUGGUUACUGCCCUGGCCCUUUUCUCCUUGGCUAUAAGUAGUUCUGCAGUAAGAAAUCAUAACUGACCAGUUGUCUCCACCCUCUGGAGUAGGGAGUUCUGGGUGAGGCGGGACCCUCAGGAAAGGUAAGUCAGGAGCCCAGGAAUACUGCUUCCAAAAUGUGCUAUUUGUUACCUGGAAUACCUGGUCUCCAAACAAACUAACAAAAAUGCACUUGACUUUUACGUAGGACAACCAAAAAAUAUUGUGCAAACCAGAAGAGCGUGAUAUCAAACUCCUUGCUGGGCAGAAGGAGGAAUAGGAGGAAGUUAGGGAAUAGUGGGCACCUCGGAGCCUGCUGUCUUUCUCUCGCAAAUGUCUUGGUCCAACUCUGGAGUCCAUGACAACUCACAGCUUUAGGGUCUGGCAAAAGGAUUAUUUUACUGGUCAGCCUACUAAGAAAGUUUGUGUUUCCACAAUCCCUGUGGACUUUAAAUCAUCAUUUUUCAGCAAAUCAGUACUAUAAGCAUAAAUAGGAAGGAAGAUACCCCUGAUUUAAGAAUCACCGGUAUAAUUAAGCAUUGGCAUCAUUACUAUAAUUCUGAAUCAUAGAAUACAAUACAAAACAGAGGUUUCUGGUUUUGCAAAAAUCUGAAAAUUGGCAGAGCUCAGCCACAGCUGUUCUCUUAUUUGAUAGUUUAUACAGAACCUUUGGUAUCUUUAGGUCUUUGUACAUUUGAGUUGUCAUGGAACCAUUUUUAAGGUUGGUCCCUGAAGUUAGAUUUGCUUUGUAUUUUUAGAGUAAAUUUAAAAGAUUUGCUUUGUAUUUUUAGAGUAAAUUAAAAAUAUAUGCAUCACUCAAGGAUGUGAUUGUAUGAACUGGGUCUCUCAUGCCAAGUUUCUCUCGUGCUGACAAAGCAGACCAGCCUGCACUGUAUAAAAAUACUUUAAAAGACUGAAGUUUUCUCUAACUACUACUGCUUUAAGAUACUAAAUUAAUAAUCAAGGUAUUGUUAUCUUUAUGAUUUAUCAUGAACUUAUAUUGCUAGUUUACUUACUGUGAAAAAAAAAACAGCAACAUGGGAAUGGCAUACUGUGAGCAGACAACUCCGGUGAGUGACUCUGUAAUUACAACUGAGCAGAUGUUCCUGUUUUCUGGGAUUUGUAAUUUGGUUCUCACAACUGGUCCAGAUGCAAAUACGCUGACUGUCAUCAGUGGAAAGCUAAUUUUUGUAGCUUCUUGGAAAUACACGAAAAAUGUUGAUUUGGUUAAUUUUUAGGAGAGCAUAUCUUUCUAGUUAUUAGUUAUCAUUUUACUAUUAUGAUUAAGAGGUUAGUAAAUAUUUCCUUCUUUAUUCAGUUAAGAUUGUAGGCAAAGGAUUGUGUGAUCUUUGAUUUUAAAAAUUGGAGAGGAACUUUUUCUCAUGAGAUCUCAAUGUAUUAAUAACGACUGUUCUGUUUUUUAAGUACUGAUUGAAUUUUUUAAGUGUGUAUUGGUUUGUGUACUGUUUCUUCAGUACAAGAUUUUUUCUUUUAGUUUUUAGUAUCCACAGUUCCUCCACUGAACAAAUAUUUAUUGUCUUCCAUAUACAAAUAAUUCAUUGUAUUAAGCUUAUUUUAGAUCAAUAUUCUAGAAAUGAAGAUUUAUUUUUUACUUAAACUUAUACUACAAAGGAAAUAAAGCAGUUAUCCUAAUUUUAAUAAAUGCUAAAAAGCUUUGUAAAAGUUUUCUUUGUGCACUGAAUGAUUUUGGGCCCAUACCCAGCAACUGUGAUUGAAUGUAUAAUGAUGUAACAUUUUGAAAGCAAACCUGAUACACUAAGUAUUUAUUGAGCUUCUGUUUUGUUCUCAGCUUUGGGCUUUCUCAUAGACUGUUUUUCUGUGACAGUCAUGGUAUUUUCUAGUUACAGUUAAAAGUGGAGAUGUGGCAUUUGUCUGUGGUCCAGUUCCUUCUCAAUCAUGCAGGAGCUUAUAAAGGAAUAAGAAGAAAUAGAGUAAUCAGUAGAAGCCUGGUUCAGCUAUUAUUUUCUGCCUAAGGUUGUGACACAAAGCUGACAAAAGCCAGGGAAUUCACAGCUGGGGGUGGCAUAAAGCACCAUAUGUUCUAAAAACAAUUAGGCCCAGCAGGGUGUCCCUGAUGGCUUCCUUGUUAAGCCUCCUGGGCCAGCUGAUCUGAAGCCCUGUGACAGGUUUCCUCUCCCAGCGCUAAAUGCCAGGCUUUUUGUCAUUUGUCUUGAUACAAGUAUUUUCCUGUAGUCUUCAUUCUUUUGAGUCAGUCCUGUCUCCCUUAAUUUCUUCUUGACUCUGGAGAGAAUAAUGUCUUUAGGAAAUUUGUACUCACUGGCGUAGAGCUUGCUGCAUCUCUGUUCUUUCGCCUUUAUUACAUGUCCUUUUUGAAAACUGCCCUGCUCCUGGUUACUGGAUGAGUUUAUUUAGUUGUUUCAUUUCAGGCCAGUAAGAACAGAGGGCAAAAAGACAUUUCUAUUUACUUUGCUACUGUAAUUAUUUCUACCAGAAGGGAUUCGACCAUUGGAGUUGUAAAUAUUUAAAUAAGGAAUAAAACAAUGAAGAAAUGUUAAUAAUGUGUCCAAAAGGUACAUAUUGAUAUGCUUACUCUCUAUUGGGGAACAGAAGUAUCCUUUUUAAGUUAUCCAAAGUACUUUCUUACACAUUUAUAAAAAGAGCUUUAUUCUUUGCUGUUUAAAGUCUUCAUACUUUGCUGAAUUGUUAUUCACUUACUGGCCUCUGCCACAGGGUGGGGAGGCAGGAGAUAAUCUACAGGGACAGCCAGAAACUUUUGAGACAGAUGAGAAAAUUGUCCUACUUUGCUAACUGUGGUAACUAUGUUAAAACUAUUGUUAAUGGUCAUUGUUAGUAAAUAUUUAUUCAGAAGCACGGAGCAUUUGAGACAUUCUUCAGUUGCUUUUUAAAUAAGGAUAGCCCAUCUGUUCUAUUAAAAUGUCCUUUUUUAAUCAAAGGUUAUGCCUAGUUUUUCCUUCCGUGGGGUAGUGAGACCAAGAGAUAAAGAUUUCAUUUCGUUCUCCACAUCCUUUUUAAUGUUUAGAAUUCCUUUGCUAACUUUCAGAUGUCUCUCAUUUGUUCGUUGUCUCUUAUUUACCAUAACCAAUACUAUUUUGGCCUUGUGACCUCUGCAGAUUCGCUCUUUAUUCUCAUCUCCAAUUUCUGCACCCCAUUAACUUGAACUUAAGCAGGGUCUGCAGUGGAUCUUAAUUUCUGACCCAGUAGAAAGAAAGAUGGUGUGUGACUGCCAUCUACUGGAAAGAUAGCAAACUGCAACGGGAAAGCAAAUGACACGUUUAGGGUAGGUUUUCUGAAGGAUUCUGGCACAGGCCAGAGCAGGGGAAAAUGAUGACACAGCAGGUGCCAUCUUGAAAUCGGUCCUUUCCUGCGUGAAGGAUGAUUUGCAGCCUAGUACAACUAUCAUCAUGAGGCUCCUGGACUAUGGCUGGAUCGCGUCAUUUAGAAUCUUAAAUUGUAUUUUAAUGAAGACACUGGCCACAGACAUUGAGACAAGGCAUCUUGUUUUGUCACGUUCUUAACCAUUCAGGUGUUUUGUCAGGGGGCUUUCACAUUUUAAAUAUCAACUAAUACAUAUUUUUAAUUUUUGAAAAUAUUUGAAGAUUGUAUGUAAUAUAGGUGCCUAUCUGUAGUGCUUUAGUAAUUUAUGUUAUAUCAGAAAGAUUUUACAUAAUUUCUGGAUGUAUCGCAGUAACCAGUAUAAGCUGCAUGCCCUCCUGAAGAUGGUUUACUCUGAAAUGUAACUUUAAAUAAACAUUAACCCAAGAAAA